UGUGCCGUUGAGCAGCCAUCAUUGAGUAUUUUAAAAAUUGGAAACAAUCAAUGAGAUUGUGGAUUAUGUACGCGGGCCAGUAAGUGAAAACAAAUAGACCUCAAUGCCGCGGUACGUAAAAUCGUUUAGGUACGAUGAUAUCGUGCCAACGGUUCGAGAACCAGAGUGCUGGACGUUGUAGAGAAUAAGGAUCCCGUCCGCGUCGCCGUGCUUCAUGUUUCUAGAGACAACAUCGGCGUGGCAGCUGGGCAGCGACCGCGGGUUUAAUACACCUUGCGUUGAACAUCAAAACAAUGCCCGUGAGUCCUAAGAUGGGCCUAUUUGGCUCGAAGGACGAAACGAAGAAAGAAACUAAAGAAGGUUCACCUAACCGUUCUAUUCCUUACUGCAUCGAUAGCGAUUCCGAAACCUAUGACACCGAAGUUCUAAGCAUCAUGGAUAUUAAUGAUAUAAUUGGUGUUCAUUCGGAACGUCUGGAACCUCUUGGUGACUCCACUUUGGAGAGCGAGAUUGCUGCUCUUUCCCAGAUGAUUACAGAAACGAAAACGGAUUCGUGCCAGAAAACAAUGGAGAAACAAGUGGAUAUGCAAAAUACAAAUGUAGUUAAGAGUAAAGGAUCUAGUUUAACGAGUGAUGUCGAACUGUCGACUAAAGAAAACUCUCAACUUAGUAAUAAGAAUAGUUUAGGAAAAGGAUUGCAGUUGAAUGUACAAGAAAAGGACACGAGGGACACUUGUGAACUGAGUGUAAUGAAAAAGUGUGGCUCGUCGAGUGACUCGAAGUCUGUAUUCACUAACGACAAUGUAAAUAGAUCUAAUGUAAUUAAACAAGAGAACGUUAAUGUUAAAACAACCGUUGUGAAUAGUGAAGUAACUGUAAUAAGAAAAGAAAACAGUAUUUGUGGAAGUUUGCAAUUAAUCGGCGAGGCUUAUAGUUCAGAGGAUUCCCAGGAAUCGAGUUAUAACGACGAACAAGAAUUAAGCUUAACGACUACUUCUAAUGAAAUCUCUUUAAUGUCUUCUGGAAGUAAAAGUAGUAACGAAAUUCUGUCGCGAGAAGACGUAACUAACGUUCCAGGAAAAGAAGAUACCUUAACUGCUGAUAGGAUUCCUGUAGAAAAAGAUGUUCGCUCUGAGACAGUGGAAAAUAAAGAAUUAACCAAUAUACAAGUAGAUUCAUCUGACAAUUGUACAGCAGCUAACUAUGAAGAAGAAUCAUCUGUAAUUUCGGAAGAUGCAAAGGAUGUUCCCAAGGAAUGUGAAGUAAAUACUCCUAUUAAUGAUAUUCUGCAGUGUGAGAAAGAAACUAUUACUGUAACUACCUCUGACACAAAUGUCGAAGGGGGAAUAUUGGAAGAAAAGAAAAUUGACACUGAAGUGAUAAAAGAAACUGUGGUGAUGAAACAGUCUGAGAUGGAAGUAGAUGAAAAUGCUGAAUCUGUGACUGAAACUUGCAUCACUGAGGAUGAACCUAAAAUAGAACCUUUCCUUAUUGAAGGAAAUCAAUCUAAUAAACGAGUUAUUGAAGAAGACAGAGUCAAGGUAGAAGUUACAGGAGAAAAUGCAAUAAAUGAUGAAGAGCAAAGAGGGACGAUACUUGUAGAGCAAGUAAAAGAAAAAGAACAAAUCGAAGAGAAGAAAACAGUCGAAAAGCAGGCAGAUGGAGAAGUAAGUGAAGAACAAGAAGAAGACGAGGAGGUAACUGAAAAACAAAUAAAUGAAGCAGAGGAGAUAGUUGAAAAUCAGAUAGAAAAAGAACAAACAAUUGAAAAGUACGAGGGGAUAGCUGAGAAUCAAACAGAAGAAGGGCAAAUGGUGGUAAGCCAAUCAGAAAAUGAGGAAACAGUCGAAAAGCAAAUAGCAGGAGAAGAAAUGAGGCAGUCGGAAACAGAUGACACAGUUGUAAAACAAACGAAAGAGGAAAAGGCGAUAAUUGAGAAGCAAAUGGAAGAAGAGGAAAUAGUUCUAAAACAAACGGAACAAGUGGAUACAGUUGAAAAACAGGCAGAAGAGGCAGGAAUAAUUAUGAAGCAGACAGAGCACGUAGACAUAGUUCAGAAGUCGGGAGAAGAGGAGAGAACAGUUAUCAGGCAAGAGGAAUUUCACAGACUAGAAGGAAAAGAAAUAAUCGAAAAACAAGCAAAGGAAGGAAAUGAAGUAGUAGAAAAGGAAAGUGAUAGUAGAGAAAUAGUUGUAAGACAGGAGGAAGAGGAGGUAGUUACGAAACAAACAGAUGAACUGGAAACAAGUAUAAAACAAAUGGAGAAACAGGAAAUAGUUGAAAGACAAUCAGAAGAAGACACAACAGCUGAAAGGCCAGUGGAUGAAGGGCAAAUAGGAGAAUCAGAAGAAGAGGCAGCAGCUGGAAAACCAGCGGAGGAAGUUGAAAUAGUUGAAAGACAAGGAGAAAAAGAGAAAACAGAGGAAAUGCAGACGGAAGGGGAGAAAGUAAUCGAAAUGGAGAUUGGGGAUGGGAAGGAAACAGUUAAAACAGAAACACAAGAGGCUAAAACGGAAACGCAAGUAGAGGAAGAAAAUAGGAUUGAAAAACAAGCAGAGGAGAAGGAUGUUAAAAUAGAAUCUAAUUCUAAAUUCUUCGUAGAGGAGGAACGAUCAACGGAAGUGGAAGGUAAAGUUAAUGAACUAGAAAAUAAUGAAAGCGUUUUUAAUCUUGACGAAAGAAAUUUUUCAGAACAAACUAAACAGAACGUAGUGGAAUUAAAUGUGAAAGCAGAGAAAAAUAUGUUCGCUACUAACAAAAAAAGUACAAUUUCUGAUAUAAACUUCAGCCACGAAGAUGCAUUUUCACCUUUAGAGUGCUCGGAUAUCAUCGUAGCCGAAGAAGAUUCGAAGGAGGAUCAUAUGGAAGAGGAAAUGACUUUGACCUUGGAGCCUGACGAGGUCGAGUCCGAGGAUAUGAUGCGAAAUGAAAAGAAUACUGAAACCGCUACGGAAAUUGUCGAAGCAAAUCAAGGAAAUUCCACUGUAGAAAUGGACGUCGAUAUUGAAGAUUCAUUCAAAUCAAUAACUGAUGUUGAGGAAUCUGUAAAAGCCGAUGAUGUCGAAGAGCAAAAUCUGGGCAGGAGUGUAGAAUUGCCGGAUAACCAAGAAUUGAGAGCAAAUGACACGAGAAGAGAGACUAAUAAAGAUAAUUUAGGAAAUGUCGAUGACGUGAAAGAGGUAUUCUCUGGAGAACAGUGCCAAAAUACGCAGAACAUCGUUAUAAGUACCCUAGACGAUGUGAAAACCUCGACUGAUUUCAAAAAUAUUUUAAGCACAGAGAAGGGCGUAGCCCACGAAAUAAAUGCAUUUCAGCAAUCUGGGGACUUGCCCGAGGCGGAGACUGAAGUCGAAGAAUUUACAGAAAAACUACCCCAAGAGGAUGUUUUAAGUAAAGAGACGGAGGACACUAUGCCAACACAGAACGUGGACUCCCUGGAAGGAUUGUUAGAUCUGGACUUGAUACAGGAAGAAGAAGAAUCGUUAUCGAAAGCAACGAAAUCUGAAGACGGACUUCAAGAGACAGAACAGCUAUCCAAAGUGGAAGAUAUGAGUCUUUUAUUGGAACAAUCGAAACACACUCCUGACAUAGCACAGGCUUCUAAUCACGUAACAUACACGAUCAGUAGUUGUUCUACGAACAGAGAUACUGUACCGUUGGAAGACGAUACAGCAAAACCAGUUAAAGAAAUCGAGGAAGAUAAAAACGACGAAGCAGCAAUUGACGAUAUACUGAGAGUAGGAGAAAGUAUAGUUCCUGAAUCUGAAGACAAGGUUGAGAUAAGAGAUGUUACCGAAUUGUCGGAAAAUGAACUGGACAUGGACGUCGAUGAAGCUCCACUGCAAUCAUUGGCAGAUCUCGAAGAGACUGAAACCAAACUCGAACUGACCUCAGAUAUUUUAUUGGAGAACGUAGAUCAGGGUGAUAAUUUAAACGAUGCUCCAUCCGCGUUAGAGGCAUCGGAACCCAGUUCCGAAAUAUCUGAACUCGAAUCGGCCGUUAAGUUUCUUCAAGAAUCCGAGGAACAAGCCAUGGAUUCUCCCUUGAUAUUAUCUCCAAAGAUGGUAGAAAGCGUCGUAGACGGAGCAGAUGGGCCAGCUCUGUUCGUACCUGACGAAGACAUGUGCCGAAAUUCGGACGAACUGGAUCCAGAAUUGCAAAGCAUCGCGACGGACUCGAUAGCAAUUUCCGAGGCGGAGAUCAUCUCGGAAGCUGCAAAACUAGAAAGCGAGAGAAAGCUCGCCGAACAAAUUAAAAUAGACGCGAUGCAGGAUAAAUUUGAGACGAAUAAAGAGGCGAACGAUACUGCUGAAAGUCUAGAAAGUAAGUUCGGGACAGAGUCUUUGGAGAGCGUUGACAUACCACAGGCACCGAGUUUCAAGUCUGUAAAAGAAGAUCCCGAGAGAAUGAUACCUUUACGUCAGACUGUUUUGAAGACAACUGAGUCCCUACCAAAAGUUUCGAUCUUAGAGGAACGUCUGAGAGAGCCACCUAAAAUAGAGAUUCCGGCUACGGACAUGACAAAAGUCUCCAUAUCUCCGACUACUUCCAAAGACAGUCUUCUAAUUCAAAAGGAUGCGAAACUGAUGGCUUAUCAACGGAUGCUGGAGUCACCGAAAAUGUCUGAUAAAUCGGAAUCGAAGAUAACAGAAACCCCGCGGAAAGACUCUGAGAAGCAUGACUUCGAGAACGUCGGAUCUCCGAGAAUCAUUUUAAAGAUAGCGAAGUCUGCGAUCACCGAUUGUGGUGAACCGAGAUCCCCUAAGAGUCCAAAGAUCAGGUCGGCGGCCAAUUCGCCGAACCCUGAAGACAGUCCGGGUCAGAAAUUGGGAAAGAUAAAAUUGAAGUUGUCCAAGGGUGGUCAUCCUUCCAUAAUAUCUAACGAGAACACCGAGGAAGUUGGCCAAUGGUACUCGGAAGGCUCGUCGUCGCUGUCUCCCAUCGGCAUGAAGAUAAAGUUCUCCAAAAGUGGAGACGCGUCUAUAGUCUCUUCGGAGAAGCAUGAAUCAACCGACGAUUUGAAGGAAAGUAAACACAAGUACGAAGAAAUUAAGCGAACGGAAUCACCGAUCGGAAUGAAAAUCAAAUUCUCAAAAAGCGGCGAUGCUUCUAUAGUGCAACCAGACAGUAAAGAGAUUAAACAUAAGGAAAAGCUGGACAUGGUUCAGGGAAGUCCAAAGAGAACCGAAUCUCCAAUUGGCGUUAAGAUGAAACUUUCAAGGACCGGUGUCGCUUCGAUAAUUCAAACAGAUCUCCCAGAAGAUUAUAAAGAUAACGCGCAAAUAAAACCGAAGGAGAAGCUUGAGUCGUGUUACGAUUCUCCCAAGAGAACAGAUUCGCCGAAGAGAACUGAUUCCCCGAUAGGAAUGAAGUUCAAGCUAUCCAAAACCGGAGAUGCAUCGAUCAUUUCUCCUGAUUUACCAGACGAGAACAAGGAUGCGUGCAAGGCGAGAGACAAACUGGAAUCGCCCACGGAAAUUUCGAGGAGAACCGAUUCCCCGAGCGGUAUGAAAAUCAAACUGGCUAAAACGAAGGGUGGUGCUUCUAUAAUACCCAUGGAGAAUUCCGAGGAGUCGAAAGACAAGUUAGAAGUUCCCGAUGUCCCGAAGAGAACGGAAUCCCCGCUUGGGGUGAAAAUUAAAUUCUCCAAGACCGGGGACGCAUCUAUCGUUCACUCGGAGCUAUUAGACGAGAUUAAAGAAAAGGUAGACGUCGCUCAAGAUUCAAGAACAUUGGAAACACCGGGUGGAGUGAAGAUAAGAGUUACGAAGUUGAACGAAGUGCAGCACGGUGAGACGAUCGGGCAAAGGGAGGAGGAAGAGUCAAUGGAAACGGGGCAAGAAGCUCUGCCGAAAGUUGAAUCGCCGUUAGGUAUGAGGAUCAAACUAUCAAAAUUUGGUGACGCGUCCAUAGUCCCUUCGGAGAAGCAGGAACAAUCGGAGGACAGCAAACUUCUUCAGGAUACACCGAAGCGGACAGAAUCUCCUUUCGGAAUGAAGAUCAAAUUAUCAAAAACUGGCGACGCUUCUAUUGUACAGCCUGAAUCGUCGGAAGACGCGAAUAAAACUACAAGGAUUACCGAGUCAGAACAUUCUAAAAGUACCGAUGCUUCUUCAGGCAUGAAGAUAAAACUGUUAAAAACCGGGGAUGCUUCCAUAGUGGACUCGGAAAAGAAGGACAGACAACAGAGACGCCGAGACACCGAAUCGCCUUUGGAGAUGAGGAUCAAGCUAUCGAAAACGGGUCACGCGACGAUCGUCGCUUGUGACAAUCAGUCGGAAACUGCAUACAAGCCCAAGGAAAUCGCGGAUUCGAGAUACAAGGAUGCCGGACAAACAGGCCACAAGGAACCGGCGCUGAAGAUUCUUAAAACUAGCCAUUCGACCAUUUUGCAAAGCAGUCGUUCGGAACUGACGAUCGAACCGGUGCAAUCGGGGAAGAAACCGGAGAACGUCCAUGAAAUACCGCCGAAACGCAAGGAUAUCACUAUCUCGCCGAUCGAACCGAAGAAGACGAAGCUCGAAGCGCAGUUCAAUCAGAUGCUGCCAGAAGUGACUAUUCAACCUGUGACGUCCAGAGAUCAGAAGCAGUUUCCUUUUGACCCGAAGAUCAGUCUUCAACAGAUGAACGUUAUAAAUCAAGAGAUCAGUAUUACCCAAGUGAGGCCGCAGAAGCUGAGCGACGCUAACAUGAGCGAGAAACUGAAGCAUAUGUUGGCGAAGAACGCGACCGCUUCACCGCUCAAUUCCGACUGCGAGAUUAUAGAGCAUCGACCGGAAUUGAUAAUAGUCAACGAGAACUCGAACUCUAGCCAGGAUGUCAUGAUUAUAGAAGAGGUAUCUUCGAAAAGACUGCCAGAAGUUAAAGUGCCUAAGAGACGAGGCAGGCCCAGGAGAACCCCGUUACCACAGACAGUCGUGCAUCGUCAUCCGCAGUCACAUUUGUUAAUAUCUAAGGAUCCUUUAGCUGUAGACGAUGCGCAACAAGUGGCACAGCCUCAGGUGCCGCGCUUCCCGGAGUCCAGGGAGAACGAGAGACCUAAGAGGACUUGUAGAAGUCAGAAGAGUUAUGCGCCUCCUAAAAGAGGCAGAGGGCGAGGUCGAGGGAAAAGGAAACUGGACAACGCUGAUUCUCAGCUAUCGAAGAAAGCGAGGAUAGAGCAAGACUUGAGUGCAAUAGAAGCCUCGACUACGGCUGUAAUUACGCUAGAUGAUCCCGGAAUACACCAGGAACCUUUCGUGAAAUCACCGGAGUUAUACAAAGCGCUCAAGCAACCGGCGAUGGAUUCGAAAAUUGCUAAUUCUCCGGGUAAAGUCGAUGAAACAAUGACGAGAGGAAAGAACGAUGGAGCACUGGGUACGAAUUUAAUUAAUAUUUUAGAUUCCACUGGUAUGCAAACUGAGAUUAAUAAGAUUCCGGAGAUACGACUGCCCAGGCCAGUAUCAAAUGAGAUGAGAGACGGUGUUAAAAAAUCGCCGGAGAAAUCUGACAUGCUGGUACCACCGGGUCAUUCUAACUGGUUGACGCCAACUUCGAAACGAGUCGUAGAAGGUGUCACGAACGUUUCAACGGUUCAAGUGAUUGACGAGGAAACGAGGAUGAGCUCUGAGUCGGGCUCGAGGUCUCAAACGCCAGCCAGGAAUAUUUCUGCCCCAGCCUCUGAGACGAUAGUGAACGAGGAGUCUCAAGGAAGUGUACUCAGCACGGCGACUACAGAGUCAGAGAAAGUGAAAGUGAAAAAUCGAAGGAUGGAAAUUAAUUUUGAUCCAGACGAAGGUCCAUUUACCGUUGACAAGAUUGCUGAAUAUGAAUGGCCACUGGAUCGCAAGGGUGAAACUUUCAUGAUACAGGAGCAAAUAUCUCAAUACCUUGGAGUGAAAUCUUUCAAAAGGAAGUACCCAGAUCUGAAGAGAAGAGUAGUGGACAUGGAGGAGAGAAAUUAUUUGAGAGAGAACGGACUGGUGAGCGAGGCGAUGUGCGACAUGGGUUUAACAGCUAUAUGCAGUUCAGAAGUAUUGGACGUAAUGUGCAGCGAUUUUCCUGAUCAAUACGAGGAAUAUCGGAAACACAUGCGCGAGAAACAAGUGAAGGAACAUUCCAAGAAACAGAAAGAGCUAACGGCGGCUGCGAACGCGGAGAAGAACAGGAUCGACCUGGCAGAGAUGGCUGUUCAGUCCGCGCUGUCUUGGAACAUCAGUUUGAACAAAGCUCGGCGAGAGAGCAGGAAAUGUAGCUUAGAUUUACAGACUUUCACGAUACACGUGCCAAAAAAACAGCAGAAAGUUGACGCGGAAAGAAGGAUCGGUCACUAUCCCGUUGCUCUUAUACCGGGUCAAUACACGGAUUAUUACCGUGAAUACACGCCAGCAGAAUUACGAUAUUAUCCUUUAAACACCGUCCUUUACGGUCCGAUGAGACCGAACGAGCGUAAAUUCGAUAGCCAGUCGGAGGGAUCUCAGAGCGACAGCGACAGCGAUUCGUCGUCGGACGAUUCCAGUUCAUCUUCUAGCGAGGGAACGCAGGAUACCGAAGGUUCUCAGUCGACGAUGGAUGAUGUGGAUAUGGAAAUAGCUCAUCAGAAGGAUGAGAUAAAAUUGAAAUGUAAGAUGUGUUUGAAGACUAUAAAUAAGCACAGUAAAAACGAAGUAUUGAUCCAAUGCGGCACGUGUAAUGGGCAUGUCCAUCCGUCAUGUAUAGACCUGACGCUGGACAUGGUUCCACACAUCCAGUCGUAUGCGUGGCAGUGCACGGAUUGUAAAACUUGUGCACAAUGUCACGAUCCUGCCGACGAGGACAAAAUGCUCUUUUGCGACAUGUGCGAUAGAGGAUAUCAUAUUUAUUGUGUCGGACUCCGACGCGUACCACAAGGGAGGUGGCACUGCCAAGAAUGCGCGGUUUGUGCAAAUUGUGGCUCGAGAGAAGCUGGAGGCGUAAAUUCCGACAGGAACAGUGUUGCUCAAUGGCAGCACGAGUACAAGAAGGGGGAUAAGAAUACUCGUGUUUACGUUUCGACGUUGUGCGUUCCAUGUUCCAAGCUAUGGCGAAAGGGUCGCUAUUGCCCCCACUGCAGUCGCUGUCAUACUGCCCCAAGACUCGACCUGGAAACGAAUCUAGUACAUUGCAGCGCAUGUGACAAAUAUCUGCACUUAGGUUGCGUGGAGACCAAGGGACUCUUGUUAGACAGGAAAAAUUAUCUAUGUGACUUCUGUGCAUCGAAUCGCCAGCAGAUAGUAAAACCGUUCGUAUCGAAAACAUUGAAGACGUAAACGAUAAUGCAAAGUGCAUCAGAUUUAUAAUCGGAGCUCGAAAACUGUAUAAAAGAUGCGAAUCGUGUAUGUAAACAAUUUGUAUCUGUACGUACAAUAAUUGUGGAUUCCAUCGUGAUCAUUAAUGUGGUUCGUUUAGAAUGAUACGCGUUCCGUACGAAUUCGAAUGUAUAUAACUGUAUGAUUGACUCAUUCAAAGCCGCAUUAUGAAAUUUAGAAUAAAAGGAGUCACCUUUGAUGUUAGGUGAGAAUUUUAAAUAUUCUAUAAAUUUCUAUGUAAUUAUUCUUUUUCAAAAUGAGCCGUCUUUUUUGUUAACAUAUCAUCGCUGUAAAAUGAACAAACUCUUUUUUUGGAAACACGAAUUAUGUUCAUAAUUUAUCUAUUUAAGAGAGAGAAUUGUCAGUAAGAAUUAAUUAUCGGAAGACUGCUUACUAUAUUUAUAUAAAUUUUACGAUAAUCUCUAACAUUUCCUUUAAAUGUAUGUACAUAUAAGGUGCUGUUUUUUUUAAUAAUUACAUUCGUUAUAUAAAUAAGUGAAUUUUCAACAGUUAACUUAAAUUUACAAGAGGACCCCUUAACAAUUGUAUAACCAGCGUCAUAGAUUUUUUAAAGAUAACCGAAGGUUUGUAGUGCGGAGGCAAGGGAGGAAUGUAAUAAAAUGUGAGGAACGAACAGUCGUUUCUUAAAAAUAUA